AUGUUAUUAAUUAUACUACUAUCAAUAAAUGCAUUUGCAUAUGUGCAUAAACACGAGUAGCAUUUAAUGGACUUAUAUAACAAAAUGAAUGGAAUAAAAGAAUUUUUAUCUUAAUUGGAAUAUUAUACAGCACUAGAAAAGUUAGAAAUGAGUUCAAAGGGUAAUCUUGAAUUUGAAGAAGAAAGUCUUACAAUUUACAAAGAACAUUAUUAAGAAGUAAUGUAAAAUCAUCUAUAUAGUUUAUAAAAUCCUUUAAGAUGUAAUAGACAAGCAAUAAAUAUGAGAAAGAAGACAUUAAAUUGUUUUUAAGAGAAACAUUUCCAGAAGUCAUUGAAAAGAUAAAACGUAUAAUUGCAGAUAAAGUAUAUUUAUUUAUUUAUUUAAGGAAAAAUUGAUUGAAGGAGAUAUUAAAGAACUAGCUAAGAUUAAACAUUAAUAACCAGAUGAUAUAAGUAAAAGAUUUGAAGAAUUCAAUUAUCUCCAUUAAAAAAUCUUAGAUGGUAUUUUAAUGAUCGAUUAAAAAAAUUAGUUUUGGAAACAAAUGAUGAAUAAGACAUAUAUAAAACUUUAGAGCUUUUAGAAUCUAAGAUAAUGAUAGGUUCUUUCAAAUAAAUGUAAAGUUAAGAGGUGGAUUUCUUUAUGAAAAGUGUAGAUAAACUCUUCAGAGAGAAAUAAAAUCCAAAUAAAAAAUAAGAAUCAAUUUAAUUACUUAGUUUAAUGUGUAGUGUUAUAUCAGAAUAUCUCAUUAAAAUGAUGAAUGAUCAAUUAGAAUCUUCUUUUGAUUUUUUGGAUAAAGAACUUUUUUUUACUGAAUCUAAAAACACUCAUAUAAAUGCAAAAGAAUAAUAUAUAAGUCUUUUACGUAAAUUAGAAUGUAAUUAAUCUCUUAUUUUUAGAAUUACAUUAUUCAGUUUGGAAGGAUGUAAUGGAAUUACCUUAUGACAAUUAUUUACUUGAGAUUGCUGAAAAAUAGUUUGACUAAGCAAUUUAAAUAGGAAAUCGUGCAGUAUAAUAUCAUACACAAAUGGAUGAGAUGAUGAAAGCUAUGUUAGAACGUUUUUUGUAAAGAUGA